AAUUGUCAAUGUGACAUUAGACAUAAUAUUCCGAUUUCCGUUUAUUCGCUAUUUUUCGAACCACGAAUUGGGAUUACUAUUUACCGGAAUCGGAAUUGUAUUUGUAUUCUUUCGUAGUUAGACUUUGUUAGAGAUUUUUAUUUUGUAAACCAAAUUUGUUUCUAUUCAAUAGAUUAAGAUAAAUGUUCGAGGUUAAAAAGUAGGUAUAACUUUGUUUUUCCUGAUACUUCAUAUGAAUAACGGUUAGCUGAGCUAAAACUUCAGGCACUUUGCGCGGGAAGUAACAAAAACAGUAAAUUCGUCUAACAGUUUUGUAGUUUUAUGUGGUAUUAGGCAAAAAUAAAAAUGACUGACGUUUUGGGGCAUUUAGUAGUUGAUGGAAAUGAUGUUAUGGAAUUUAAAUUAGUUCAUUCUGCAAAAGACAUAGAAAAUGAUGAAACAAGUUUUGGGCCGGAGAUGUGUCAUCAAGUGUUUGGAGAAAAUGAAAAUAUAUUUGGUUACACAGACUUGCAGAUUAAACUAUAUUACAGUGCAGGUAGUCUACAAACAUAUUUGGGAAUCUCCUAUUCAGACAAGAUUGAUCCAAAAAAAUCAGGUGGAUUAAAAGCUGAUGACAUUGAAGGUGAACUCAAAAAGGUGCUGGCACCAGGUUAUGUUACUAAUUUAGAUCAGUUUAUAUCUAAUUUGGAGAGGGACAGAACAUUCAAACCACAUGGGAAGCUUUUACAUUCAUUUAAUAUUGAGCCAAAUGAUGGUGGUGAAAAACGCACAUUUGAAGUCUAUUACUGUGAGACAUCCACGCCUGGUUUCUUGGACUAUCAUGAGAGGUUACAGACCUUCCUUCUUUGGUAUGUUGAUGCUGCUUCAUUUAUUGAUGUGGAUGACGAUCAGUGGACAUUCUUUACUAUGUUCGAAAAAUGCAAGACAAGUGAAGGAAGCACCACCUAUACAACAGCUGCAUAUGCCACAGUGUUCCGCUACUAUGCCUAUCCAUGUCAUCAGAGGCCACGCAUCUCACAAGUCCUGACUCUGCCGCCUUUUAGAAAGCUCGGUUUAUGUGCAGAGUUGGUUCAGGCCAUUUAUUCUCAUUUUAUUAUUAUGCCCGAGGUUUUGGAUAUCACUGUAGAGGAUCCAUCACAAGACUUUCAAAGGAUCAGAGAUUAUGUAGAUGCUAAAAAUUGUGAAAAUUUACCUGCUUUCCAUCCAGAUAAAUUAUUCCAAGGAUUCUCACCUGAAAUGGCAAAUCAGGCGCGUAGUAAAUACAAAAUAAACAAAAAACAAGCGCGGCGCGUGUACGAGAUUCUGCGUCUGAAGAAUACAAAUACUUCAGAUAAGAAUGCCUACUUGCAGUAUAGGUUAGAUGUUAAGAAUAGGCUGAAUGCACCUUUUCAGAAGAAGAAGUUAGAAAUGAAGAAACUCGAGAAAGUGCUAAAGCCAGAAGAGUACGCAGCUACAGUGAGCACCACAGGUGCGAGCGAGACGCACGGCCGCCUUUCUUCACAGUAUCUCGCUUUAGAGGACGAAUACCGCCGUGUUAUACACCGCAUACAACAUUAUUGAGUCAUUUACAAAUAAAAACUACCAAAUUGGAUUUUGAGAAUAAUCCCUAAAUUGGAAUUGUGAGUGUUUGAAAAUAGUGGGAUAUCGAAAAGAAGAAUCUAGGAAGUGGAGAAGAAUGGUAAAAUCUUAGUGCUGUGAGGCAGAAAGGCAGUUAAGUUGAAUUUUUUGUGUUAUUUUACUUGCAAGAUAAGAUGAUGAAAGAUAAGGUAAGUUAGUCUGUUUGUAACUUACGUAAAAUAAAUGUAUGUGUAAGCAUUGUUUUGUGUCCGGGAUAUUUAACAUUUUUUUAGACAAAUUCGUUUUUAAUAAUUAAUUAAAAAUUAGUCUCUUUGUACUUUUUUGUGAUUGAUAUUUUUUGACUAGAUUUUAAAUUUUAAUAAUGCAACGGUAGAAAUACUGCAAGUGUGUUUAGUUUUGGGCGUGAAGUUUUUUUUUACUGGACACCCAAAUUCUCGUAUUAACUCGCAUUAAUUUUACGUAGCUUUCUCAAUUGUAAGAUUGUCGGUAUCGCGUCGAGAUAAAGAAUGCAAAUCUCAGAUUAUAAAACAAAUGGCAGAUGGAGACUGCACGCGAGCGUCGUCAUUAAAGCAAAUACAAAUUCUAAAGCAAAAACAUUCGUAGAGCUAAGAGACAAAGCUUUACAUCACAAAAAUGGCUUCUGAAAUAUAUAAAUGAAAUAAUUCAGAAAAAAUUAGAGAGAUAAUUUUUCAAUGCCUGCGUGCAUGUUACGCACACAUGCAGAUGCUUUUUGUCACACAGUUGUUGAAAGGCCUAUAAACAAUCGAUAUUUACUUAAUAUGAAGUGUAUCGUGCACAUCACUUUUACUCACACAUCGAAAAUAUUACCAACACAUACAAACUUUUUUCUAUAAUAUGUAUCUUUAUCUUUCAAAAUCAGUGGAUGUGUCACCCGCUACUAUCGAUUCCCCUGAAUACCCUUGCGAUUCUCGUAAACACGCUUGCUUGUGUGCGUGAGCCAUUUCGAACGUUUUGUAUGAAGUUUCCUUACUGUUUCUAUCUGUAUAUUGUGGUUGUAGUUACGCUCGCGGGUCUCAUCUACGUUUCGAUUCAUAAUCUGAGAUGCAAAUAUUGGUUCCAUCUAUGCCCCCUUUCAAAAGGUUCUUUAUGGAUAAAAACUUUUUCAAAGUGGAAGACCUGAUAUUUUUUUUAUUUUCGAUUAUUGUAUUAAAACUUAAUAUAAGAGCAUACUUAAUCUUAAUUUUUUAAUAAUAUUAACUUUGUCUUACUCAUUUUAUUAAUGAAUUUAAUAACAAUAAGUAUUAUUUUUUGUUCUUUGGCUUGAUUUGGAUCAAGUAGUUUUUUCGUUGAUCUGUAUUCAAUGAUUAGAUUAUUGAUUUGUAAAUGAAUGUUGAAAUAACUCCACAAAACAAAAUGAAUAUGAAGUUUCAGCGCUGACUAUCGAAAUUCCCAAUGCCUAAUAUUGAAAUUUUAAAUUUGUGUGAUAUUGAGUGUAUUAUAAUAUGUGAAUUGCGUUAAUAAUGUUGUUGUUGUUAUGAAUGAAGGUUGAAUGUAUGUAAUUACGACUUAAUAAAUAAAUAUUUUUGGUAAAAAA